AUGGCCUCUUUCAUCGAGCGGCCUUUUUUGGAGGACGAAAUUAGACAAGCAGUUUUUGAUUGCGAUGGAUCUAAGGCCCCUGGGCUUGAUGGGUUUUUCAAUGACGGUGUCAUUCAUGGGAGGACCAAUGAAAUAUUUACAUGUCUUAUUCCAAAGAAAUUGAACAGUUGUCGGGUUAGGGAUUUUAGGCCUAUUAGUCUCUACAAAAUUAUAUCAAAAGUGUUGGCUUAUAUAGGCUUCGAGGAGUUCUUACAGACACAAUUGCAAGGAGCUUUUGUGGAGGGUAGGCAGAUUUUGGACACAAUUCUGAUUGCUAACGAGGCGGGUUUCUUGGAUUUAGUCUUGGAUAAGAAAGGUUUUGGUGAAGUUUGGAGGAAAUGGAUGAGAGGAUGCCUGUCUUCCAUGUCUUUUUCAAUCUUUUUAAAUGGUCGCCCACGGGGAAAUUUCAAAGGGUCGAGGGGUCUACGCCAAGGGGACUCUUUGUCCCCCUUGUUUACUUUGGUGGUGGAUGUUUUGGGCAGAAUGAUUGAUAAGGGUAAAAGUGUCUCGGCUUUUAGAGAUUUUAUAGUGGGGAAGGAUAAAGUCGACGUCAGUCAUCUUCAGUUUGUAGAUGAUACGAUGUUCUUCGCUCACGAUGACGAGUCCUUGGCUGUGCUUUUGGAUAUUUUAAAGGUCUUUAGCAUUGUGUCUGGAUUAUCUAUUAAUUUGCAAAAAUGUCAGUUGUUGAGGAUUAAUCUGUGGAAGGAGUUAGUAGAUCAGAAGGCUAGUGGGAUUGGUUGUGAAGUGGGACAAUGGCCUAUUCAGUACUUGGGUCGUCCAUUGGGGGCUUCUCCUCGUUCCAAAGUGUUUUGGGAACCUGUGGUCUCCAAUUGUGCUAAGCGGUUGGAUAGCUGGAAGAGUGCUUUUAUGUCUAGAGGUGGUAGGUUAACUCUUAUUCAAUCAGUUUUGUCUUCUAUUCCAGUGUAUUACCUGUCGCUUUUUCGUAUCCCAAAGAGUGUGGCGGGGGUUAUUGAGAAAAGAAUGCGUGAUUUUUUGUGGGAAGGCACAAAUCAGUCAGGGGGCGAUCACUUGUUAUCGUGGUUGGAAGUCUGUAAGUCUCGGAGCCAUGGUGGUUUAGGAAUUGGAAAUUUGGUGUUGAGGAACAAGGCUUUUCUUAUGAAAUGA